UGCCCACCCGCUUCUAAAUGCAACGCCUCGAAACGUAGUAGGUCAGAGAGCGAAUCGACGCCCCACGGAGAUGCGUAUUUGCCCGUCGUACGUGACCGCGAGGUGCUGUUUGUACACAGCAAGGACUUUUCAUCUGACGCCUGUUGACUCGCAGUUUAAGGAGGUGACGAGGGAAAUGCGGUGACGUCAGGAACGACCCGAAAACAUACAUAUCGUCGACACAUAUGCACACGUAUCCACGAAGAUCGCUAAUAGAAUAUCUCUAAUCGUGUUCAAUCAGUGACGGUCCGUAAUCCGUAACUGUUAUCUAACUUUUCCCACGGGAGGAUAAAUCAAACGCGACAUAUCGAUUGGCAAACGUAUCGCCGCAUUAUUAAAACGCAGACGUCUGAAUCGACCGUACAUCUAUGCAUACAUCGCGAAUUACCACGGAAUUACUUUCACGUAAUUAAACGGCCUGUUCGGUGUCACUCGGCGCGCGCGCGCGCACGCGCGUGUGUGUGUGUAAUCCAUCCGCUUAUCUUGUCCGCCUACUACGAUAUUCCCAGAGACCAGCCUCGUGAUAGCGACGUUUAAAUUACCGAGAGAGACGUAUGAUGACGCGGGACACUGGCCGCUCACGAAGAACAACAGUUCGGCUCGCGCGUCAGUGACUCGUCGAAAGUUCGCGACCCUGACCGUGUGGAAUUCCCGACCGGUUCCUGCUGAAUCGCAAGAUAGCAACGCGAUCUCCUCUUAUCAGCCGGGCGUUUAAUUAGAUCGCGUCAGAAAGGAGAGGAAGAAGGACCAACGCUCGAGAGGCUGGACUUCUCUCUCUCUCCCGGCGUCACUCGGCGGCUCGUUGCUGGCAGGUCGAGGCGGACGGGGCCGGGAGGAUGUUGCUGAGGUAACACGACAUUUCGAGGCCGCACGCUAGAGAAGCCACGAUAAUCGCAGCGAGCGCGCGGGCGACGCGAGGAGGAAGGUGUCGAUCGCAGGCGCACAAAGGCCCAGGGUCGAAGAGAGCGGCGAGCAGGAUGGGCUUCCCCAGGAGAAGGUCCCUGUGGCUGAAGGUGGCGGUGCUGGCGACCGCGGUGUGGCUGACCGUCUGUUUCCUACUUUACACGGAGGACCGGGCGGCCGCGGCCGCCGUUCAGGGCUUGGCGCCGUCGGGCGUCGCGAUGCCGCAAGCGGCCAACGGCUUUGUGCCACCGGCGGCACCCUUCAGGAAAGAGACGCCCGGGUCUGCGCUCAACAAGGCGAGAAUCAAUCAGGCUGGGCCCGAGCAAGGUGGUGGAGUGCUGGCCGCGCCGCGGGAACCGGACGCUGCCGCGCCCGGCGAGAUGGGCAGACCGGUGAUACUGCCGACCAACAUAUCCGCGCAGACGAAGAAGCUGGUGGACGACGGCUGGCUCAACAACGCCUUCAACCAGUACGCCAGCGACCUCAUCUCCGUGCACAGAUCCUUGCCCGAUCCACGCGACCAAUGGUGCAAGGAGCCCGGUAGAUACCAGAAGGACCUGCCACCCACGGCGGUGAUCAUUUGCUUCCACAACGAGGCUUGGUCGGUGCUGCUGCGCACGGUGCACUCCGUGCUGGACAGAUCGCCGGAGCACCUCAUACAGGAGAUCAUCCUGGUCGAUGACUUCUCCGAUAUGCCUCAUCUGAAGCGUCAGUUGGAAGACUACAUGAUGAAUUAUCCGAAGGUGAGGAUUAUCAGGGCGAAUAAGCGGGAGGGCCUCAUCAGGGCGCGCCUGUUGGGCGCAGCGGCGGCCAAGGCUCCGGUGCUCACGUAUUUGGACAGCCAUUGCGAGUGUACGGAGGGUUGGCUGGAGCCACUUCUCGACCGGAUCGCUCGCGAUCCGACGACGGUAGUUUGUCCGGUGAUCGAUGUUAUAGACGACACAACCCUGGAAUACCACUGGCGGGACUCGGGUGGCGUAAACGUCGGCGGAUUCGAUUGGAAUCUUCAGUUCAAUUGGCACGCGGUGCCGGAGAGGGAGAAAAAACGGCACAAAAACCCGGCCGAACCUGUUUGGUCGCCGACGAUGGCCGGCGGUCUCUUCUCCAUAGACCGAGUGUUCUUCGAGCGGAUCGGCACGUAUGAUAGCGGCUUCGACAUUUGGGGCGGCGAGAACCUCGAGUUGUCCUUCAAAACCUGGAUGUGCGGAGGCACCCUGGAAAUCGUGCCGUGCUCGCACGUGGGCCACAUCUUCAGGAAACGUUCGCCUUACAAGUGGCGCAGCGGCGUGAACGUGCUCAAGAGGAACAGCAUAAGGCUGAGCGAAGUGUGGCUGGACGAGUACGCCAAGUACUACUAUCAGAGGAUAGGUCACGACAAGGGGAACUAUGGCGACGUAUCAGAGCGGAAGACCCUCAGGAAGAAACUGGGGUGCAAGUCGUUCAAGUGGUACCUGGACAACGUUUACCCGGAACUCUUCAUUCCAGGCGAGGCGGUCGCCUCCGGAGAGGUCCGAAACCUCGGCGAGGGCGGUAACACCUGCCUGGAUUCGCCGGCGCGCAAGGCCGACUUGCACAAGCCGUGCGGACUGUACCCCUGCCAUCGACAGGGCGGAAACCAGUACUGGAUGCUCAGCAAGACGGGCGAGAUCCGACGAGACGAGUCGUGCUUGGACUACAGCGGCAGCGACGUCAUCCUCUAUCCUUGCCACGGCAGUAAAGGGAAUCAACAAUGGAUCUAUAAUCCUCAGACUAAUCAUAUCAGGCACGGCAGCAGCGACAAGUGUCUGACGAUCACGGAGAGCAAGCAGCAGCUGGUGAUGGAGGAAUGCUCGCCGAAUGCGCCGAGGCAGAAGUGGUCCUUCGAGAAUUACGACCCGUCGAAGCUGUGAUACCGCGCCUUCUCACGCCGUCAUUCGCACAAUCCCAGCCAAGGUUCCGAACGCGUCGCCGGGAAUUCCUGGCUGCCGGGCAAACGAUACUCGAUCGCCAAGACCCGCUUCGGCAGAUAAAUCGCGUGGGCGGUGAGGUCGCGUCGGAUCCCGUCGUCGGGCGUCGUCCGUCUGCGAGAUCGCAACGAUCGUCGCGUACGAUCACCGGAGUGCGAAUCCGGUCCCUGGUGCAAUUUCUUUCGCGAUACCUCACGUAUCGCGAAACGAGGAAAAUCGGAGAGAAGAGAACCGUGUCGUCGUGUAGCGACACCUCUUCCGCGAUCGAUCGACGAGCGGAGAAGCCGAGAGACGACGACGGCGGCGACGACGACGACGACGAAGAUCACGGAGGAUCACGAUGCAACGAAACACACUCGCGAGGACAAUAUGUUUAGAGAAUUUUUUUACUCGGAAGGAACGGA